AUGUCGUUCUCGUCCGAAACAUCCCCUCUGCUCGAACGAUCCAACAGCCCUGAGAUCGAUCAUCUACCAGCUCCCAAUGGUGUCAACGUUCUCCAGGAAGACCGUGUUCCUAUCUUUCUCCGAGCAGCACAUUCGCCAUGGCCAUGUAUGAAGCAGAAUAUACUUUGCUACGUUCGAGGGUUGCUUGUCUUGCUGCUCGCAGGAGCAGGUGGCAUAGUCUUGUAUCACAAGCUUCAGCAUCGCACACAUCCCAAAGACGAAAAGAACGAAUACAAUCAUUCACUUCUGCAAAGUCUUUUCCAGUUCUCCAGCAUCACCUUCAUCAUGAUGACUUUGUAUCAGUGCAUGGUCUUUGGCUGGACGUUCAUGCACUUCCACUACCCCAGUGGUGGCGAGGGCUACUCUGGUAUCAAGGCCAGAUUUUUGAAUGCUGCAGCACCGCCGGAACAACGAUCGACAUCGCCCAAACCCCUGGUCUUCAGUCUCUUCUAUACCAUCUCGCAUGUUGCUGCUUUCAUGAACACGUUCAUAUACAUGACUGUGUUGGAACCGAAUGGCCGUGGCAUUGGGCAAAAGGAGAAACAGUCAGAGGGCUUCUCUGGUGACGAAGAUAAGCUAGACAAGGAUAAGAAAGGGAAUAAUGAUAACCACAGGAUCAUUGUGAUCGAUGACAACAUGGUCAGGAAUCUUGCCUUGGUUUUCCUAUUCAUUCUACCUUCGGCGGUUGCCUUAAUCGAGAUUCUCUUCCUCAACACCAUCAAGCCACCAAUCCCACUCUCGACUCAUAUCCAGGCCAUCAAUCUGUUCGCGAUGGUUUACCUCGUUUGGGCAUAUAUUGGAAUGUCUAUUACCGGCCAUGAUCCUUUCUUUGUCUUCGACCCGCCGAAGCUGGCAUCCAACAUUGUCCUGGCGGUCUCUAGCUUUGUUGGUCUUGCUUCUGCCAUGUUCUCGGGCAUGCAUGCUCUCAUCAGCUUCCGCGAGGCAAUCAUUAAGAAGCUUCAAUACUAG